UCUGAAAACAAAAAUGUCGAUGAAUUUUUUGGUACAGUUUGUUAAAAAAAGAAGCGAUGUCAAGGAGCAUACAAGAUGCUUUUACAAUUGAUGAAUUUUUAUCGUAAAUGUUUCUCUUUCUCUCUUUCUCCCUGUCGCCAAGUUUUACAAAACAACAAUAUCUAUUUUCGCGAACGUCUAGUUUUCCCUCUAGCAGACGUUGCGCAAAUUAGAUCAUCGUUUCGAACAAUUUCUAAAAAUAUCCAAAAUUUCUCCAACAUCGAAUUUUUCUAUUUAAGAAAUAAUUGCGCGUACCACUGUUAUAGAAACUAUAUUAAAUUACAAACAUACGCAACAUUCGAGAGGAAUCCUAUCUUUAAUCUUCGAUAAAAAUCUCGAUAAUAAAAAUCUGUUUAACAAAGCGGAACCUUGAAACACGACUCUCACGACUUUUAAAAAGAACAAACGAAACGAACGAAAUCCAAAUUCUUGAAAAUAUCCGCUAGUGUAAUCCAUAUGUGACGUGUGUAAAACCAUGUAGCAAUCCAUAGGCUCGGUUUAUCAUACGACGACACGAGGUUAAAGAUCACAAACUACUCCACGAUCUCUUUCCUCGUAAUGACGUAUUAACCGUGACACCCUCGAUGCCCUGGAAUCUCGGCUGGAUUAUUCACGGUGUGUCAAUAUUGAACAGGAUACAAUGAACGUAAGUCCCCCCCUCUCCCCUCCUACCCGAUGACAAAGAUAAUGGCCUGUAUCUCUCACGAUCGCGGCUGGCAUCCUGUCGGAUCUCGGAUUACCGAUUUCUAUACGCGCGACCACGCAUCCUGUACACGCGUGUACACGCACCAAACACACUUGAUUGUGUAACAACGCCGCGUUUACACCUAGAUUUACUUUGCGGCCUGCCCGUUAUCGUCCACGUAAUUGGCGGACACCUUACCCUUUUGUAAACGAGCUACGCCCGCAACUUUAUAAGUAACUGUCUCGUUUUUACGGCGAGUCUUCUUUCCUCGCAACAAGCGCUCGAAAGAUCGAUCGAUUUGCAGCCAUGCGAACGUUUUAUACGUGUUUUUGGUUCUCCUUGAUUUCCUACUCGGUGUGCAUCAAGUGCAGGAUAAUCCUCGUGGCUGCUUUCGAUCGCGAACCGGCCGAGGAUUCAUUCCCGAAGGAAAAUUGGAAGAUUUGGAGACGAUCGUCGAAUUUUCAACACCGACAGCUCCAACGCGGCUUGGAAGAUUUCCGGAUAUCGAAUGAUUCCGAGGAAAAUGUUUUUUUCUCCACGGAUAAGUGCUCCAGGUAUUGUAUCAAAAGGCAGAUCGAUGAAAAUGGAAACAGUGUACAAUACAUUAAUCUAUUCUGGACAAAUGGUAUCGACGCAAUGGAUCAAUCGUCCUCGAAAGAUCAUUCGGAGUUUCUGUCGAAAACAGAAUGGACAGAUGCACGAAAUCCAGACAUUAUCCAACAUAGAAAUUGUCAGAUUUACCUUGACCUAGAUUGUAACAUCAUCGAAACGAGAACUUCGAAUUAUGCGAACAGGGAAUUCCACUUGGAAAACGAUGAAAAGAACAAAGGCAAGAAAAUUACAGAUAUUAUAAAAAUAGCAGAAAAAUACAACUUGAGUGAACAGACACAAAUGAACUUCUCGGUCGACAACUCGAUCCAUAGAAUCGUCAUAGACAUCGAUGGAAACGUUUCAAACGCAUUGCUUCGAAUACCUACGAACACAACAGUUUCGAGGCACGGAACGAUCAUAUCUUGGACGAGUAAGGGCGAUGCGGAAGGUGUGCGUAUUGAGACGUGGAACCCGCCAUCUGGCGAGUGGCGUCUGAAACUCGUAGGGGAGGAUCGUUCGAAAUAUCAAUUGACGGUGAUGGGUUUCGUCGAUGAGAAUUGCGACGAAAUAAAAAAUCUUUCUCUGGAAUCAGAGACGAAAGAAAACAUCAAUGAAGAUACGAUUAAAAAUUAUCGUAUAAAUAUUAAGAUGAAGGAUGAUAUUUUAGGAAAUGAUAAGGAGACAUUUAAUAAUGAAGCAACGAAAAUUAAUUCUGAAAAAAUUAUGGUGAAACAAAAUUCAAAUCCAUCGAUGAAUUCCGAAAUGAUGGAAAAUAAAAAAAUAACUCAAGAAAGAUCAUUGACAUAUCGUAUGCGAGAUCAAAAAGAAAAUAAUCACUCGAGAAAAGAAAAUUUCAGCGAUAAUGACUUGUCGAUAAUCUCUAGCACUGAAAAUAUGCUUAUUAAUUUCGUUGAAUACGUUACUUUCGUAGACGUUGACAAAAAUGUAAUUACUACAUCGAAUGAAAAGUUUUUGGAAAGAAAGGAGGAUGUCUUCGCGCUAAAAAGUUAAUAUUAACAUAUCGCAAACAUUAGAAAUAUCAUAAAACAAUGUUCACACAAUAAAACAUAUCGUUGAUUCAGGAACAGGAAAAUCUUCAUACAAGAUCCUCGACUGGAGUAAUUGAAAACCUCGACGUUAAGAGAACUCCAAUACAGAAAAAUAUUAAUAUAUCGAUGAGAAUGAUCGAAACUCUGAAUAAUAAAGAAAUGUCCGAAGAAUUG